CCUGUCGUCGUUCGACAGAAAAUUCUCCAGCUUCUAAAAUGUGAAGAUUUGCUGCUUUGCUUUGUGUUUUAUUGGUAGAAACUUAAGAUCUUUGGGUGCUGGCCUGUCGGCCGGACACAUAAAGACAUUUGAAGGCAUGAACUUUGACUUUAGGAAUUGUUUUCUGAUCUUUUUUAGACAAAGAUUAGUGUAGAUCAGAGGUUUUUAAAGGGGGUGAAGGUGAAGUGAGCACUUUUAUCCAGUCUCAGACUUUUUCUGGUAUAGAUAACUUUAUGUCAGAUUAAUCAACUUUUAAAAAUAACUGUUAGUUGCAGCUCUAAAUAAUACAUGCAAAACUGAGUGAUGGUGCUAUGCAAAUUUGUUAUGUGCAGCACAUCAGCUCUUGACAUUCACAACAUUUAAAAAGACCAAACUCCCACUAGUACAACUUCACCCACCAAAGAAAUGUGCAUCACAUUAAAGUUUUCUUUACUAUGUUAUGAAGAAAAUCAUUUUUUAUUUAAAUUCUUCUUCUUAAAAAGUCAAAUUUUAAUACACCAUUAAACCUCAGAAACACAAAAGUCCUUCCUCCGUGUCUGUUCUGCACUUGACAUAAGCUGCAACAUCUGAAUCAUUGUCGUCACUAUUACGUUAAUCCUCAAGUGAAUCUGUAGGAAUCUGCUGGUUUCCAACAUUUGGAUCAUUGCUAAAAAAGAAAAUCUGCACGCUGUGCUGUAUUGCAGGAGAUGGAGAGUCUGAAGUGUGAACAAACAACACUGUGGAAGCAGCAGAAAGCUCUGACUCAGAUGCAGAACACGAGCCAAGAGAAAAGAGCUGAGGAGGAAGUCGGAACACACGUCCUUUCUUAUGGUCCGAUGAAGAUGAAUGACGAUGAGGAAGACUUAGAUCUCUCUGAGGAAGACUUGAGAAGAAGGGGGGACCCCUGCUACCACUACACCAUCCUGGACCAGGCCUGGCGUGCCACCAACGCCACCACCAAGUUCAAAGUGUGUGACCGCCAUUCCAAAUGGAAAGGUUGGUACCGCCUCUUCUACAAAGGCAUGAGUCUGCAGAUGCCCGAGAGGUGUGUCCCUGUGGACAAAUGCGGCACCCACUCCCCGCUGUGGCUGGCGGGGCCUCACCCGAAGAUGAAGGACGGCAUCGUCACCCGCCGGGUGUGUGGCCACUGGAAGAAGAACUGCUGCGCUUUCAAGUCCACCCCCAUCCAGGUCAAGAAGUGCAAGGGCAACUACUACGUCUACAAGUUCACUCAGCCGUCAGCUUGUUAUUUGGCUUACUGUGCAGAUGUCAACACGAUUGUAUGCGGCCGGUGCAGCAGAGACCAGACCUGUGUGAGCCGAGACAAGAUUAACUGGAGGUGUAAGAGAAACAGAAGAAAGUUUUCCAAAAAGAUCCACUUCUUUGCUUCUUACCCCGACCAACUCUCAGGCAAGGUGAACAGAAUCAAGUACAGUAAGGUGCUGGUGAACGUUGGCCGAGCGUUCAACAGAAGAACCGGCGUGUUCAAGGCUCCGGUCAAUGGGAUCUACCAGUUCUUCUUCUCCACUCAGACGGGUCGGACUGGUGCUAAGACUGAUCUGUGGCUGGUGGUCAACAGAUACUGGGUAGCUGUCUCUCACACACAUGUCUCCCGUCCGUCCACUGUUGGAAGCUUGUCCAUGUACAUGACCUUCCUCCGCAGAGGGGCGAUAGUGUACGUCACCCACAACUGUGGAAGGUCUUGGGCCAACUCUGCUUCUACCACCAUCACAUUCGGGGGCUCACUGCUUGUACAAAUGAGAUAAAGUAUGCAUGAACAUUUUAUAAAGUCUUAAUAUAUCCUUCAACAUCUGGAGAGUGCAUCAUUACAUAUCUUUGCUAUUGUAACUGUAAACCGCUUUGCUGUGUCGUGUCUGAAGUAAUGCUUAAAUGUCUGAUUUAAUGCUUUCUGUGUAAAGAUUAAAAUAUUGUAGUUUAAUAAAGUGUGUUGUGGAUCAGGUAAUGAUAUCAGUACAUGAGUGUAACAUGAUUAAUUGAGCCUCGGAACAUUAAACACCACAAAAUGAU